AUGGCUGACGACAACACAUUCUCUUUCCCUCCCGUCGUGCAAUACCCAUUGUCAGCUGACCGAAUCAUAUCGCGGCCUGACGGCCGCGAACAGGUUGAGUUGGCGCAGACAGAUGCUGGUACAAACACGAACAGUGUCACUGAGGAGCCUCUGGCCAGUGACAGCGCAUCACCAGACAUUCCACUGGAUCCCCGUUUGUGUGUUCCUGACCCAGAGAAGACACCACUACCUGAACCACGAUUGCACGACGUCGACAGCGACGAUGAACACGACGGCAACAGUGACGACGACGAGGUGAUACAUAAGACUGCAGCACCGAAGAAGCGUCUAGUAGUUACACCCGCAAUGCUGAAGGCCCUUGUUGAAACCUCUGUCGAAAUGGAUCCGUGGACCAAGGGUCACGGUAAGAUGACCAACGUGUGGCAGAAUAUUACCGAAGUGCUCCAAAGCCGUGGUCACUUUAGCGGGAGCGAUUGGAAGACGGUUCGCAACAAGAUGUGUGCUUUGAUUGAUGUCCAUAUGGGCAAAGCAGCACCGCACGCUACAAAGAAGAUGAAGCAGAUCCUCAAGUCUAAAGGUGGCCGGACCAUGGAGGGUUUAUUGGAAAAGGCACAAGAUUUGCGGGAGCAGGCGGCGGCUCGUAGCGCACAGCAGAAGAUAGCUGAUCUUGAGAGAAAGGAGCGCGAGGACAACGCCGGUCACGAGUUGCGAGAAAAUGCAAUGCGCGGAAAACGGCACAUAGACCAUGUUAGUGGCUCAGAGAAGGAGAAUGGCAACCGAUCCGCAAAGCGGCGGCGUGUAUGCAAUGCUGACAUUCUGGCGACGAUCGAAGAGAUGAACAAAGAAAGGCGGAUUGACCGUGAAGAACGUAGACAUCAGUACGAGAUGACGCAGAGGGAGCUGGCUACAUUUCGUGAUGCUCAGCGCGAAGGUAUGGCUGAAGUUGCAGCUGCUGUUCGCCAACUUGCUGCCGUAGCGAAAACCACUGCUCAGUAG